AUGUUUAAUAGCACCAAAAAUAAUUUUCUUCUUUCUUUCUUUCUUUCUUUCUUUCUUUCUUUCUUUCUUUCUUCAUUGCUUUCUUUCUUGCUUUCCAUGUCUUCUUUCUUCUUUCUCUUCCGAACGUUUUUUUUUUUUUUUUACUUCUUGUUCAUUGUUUUAAUCUUUGGAUUCAUUUACAUUCUUCUUCUUCUUCUUCUUCUUCUUCUUAUUAUUAUUAUUAUUAUUAUUAUUAUUACUUACUUUCUUUUAUUUAUUUCUUUCCUUCUUUCUUUCUUUCUUUCUUUCUUUCUUUCUUUCUUGCCUUCGUCGAUUUCUUUCUUUCUUCUUACCCUAAACUGCUUUUUUCUUCUUUUUCCUUAUUUAUUCCUUCUUUCGUCCUUUAAUUGCGUUUUUUUUCUUUUUCUUUUUACCAUUCCUUCUUUUGACACUCUUCCUCCUUUCUUUCUUCCUUUAAGUGAUUUUUUUUUAUUUUUGUUACUUUUUUCUUUCUUUUCAUGUUCUCAUUUUUUUUUUUUUUGGUUUUGUUGGUUUUCAUUUUCUCUCUCCCUUUCUAAGGGUCUCUUUUUUCUCUUUUUCACCAAAUGCUUUUUCAUUUUUCCUCUUUCUUUCCUUCUUUCUAUGAUUACGUUUUUAUCUUUCUUCCCUUAA